UCUUUCCUUUUUAUAACAUUUCUAAAUUAUAGUAAAACUGCAAAUUUAAACUAAUUUUGUUUUCCAAUUUUUCUUCAUUCGUAGUAUUGAUAAGCGAAAGAAUCGAAGAAAAUGAUAAUCUACGAAAUAAAACGCUUAAGAUUACUGAUUUGGGAUUGGCUCGCGAGGUAUACAACACAACGCGAAUGUCGGCCGCAGGAACGUACGCUUGGAUGCCACCAGAAACCAUCAAAUGCGGGAAAUAUUCCAAAGCGUCAGAUGUGUGGAGCUAUGGUGUUCUAUCAUGGGAAUUGCUCACGGGCGAAAUUCCAUACAAAGGUUUCGAUUAUUUAGCAAUCGCGUAUGGUGUUGCAGUCAAUACACUACACCUACCGAUACCAGAAACAUGUCCAGAAAUCUGGGGAAAAUUGAUGAAAAGCUGCUGGGAUAAAGACCCACACAAACGACCUUCGUUCAAAGACAUUCUCCGGGAGCUGGAUACCAUCGCUCGAUCUGGUUUUGGAGAGACGCCAAAUGAAUCAUUCCAUACGAUGCAAGAUGGUUGGAAGAAAGAAAUCGCUGAAGUUCUCCAUGAGCUGCGUAUAAAAGAAAAGGCUUUCAAGUCAUUUGAAGAGGUAUGUAAAAGGAAUCGAUAUGUUCGUCAUUUGUUCCUUUUGAUGCUUUCCACCACAAAUAUUAUGAGUUCAUUUUGCGUAUUGUUUCAACGUGUUCGUUUAUUAUUCCUUUUGUUCAAUUUUUCAUUGCGCAAAUACAAUUGAUUUGUUAUUGUUUUCCCAUUACACUUUUAUGUUUAUACCGUAAUCUAGGGGUUAAUAAACCAAAAAAAUAAUUAACAAUUACUACCGAUUUUUAUAUUUGGGUAAAAUUUUGUCAAUAUAAAACGUUUGCGUUCAAUAAUGAACAAUAUAUUUUCAAUACGACAAACACACAGCAGAACUGCAAUACCGAUUGGUGUUGACACAUAGAGAUUAACGGAACAACAAUUGAACCGGUUGCGACAA